AUGGGCAGCGUGGUAAGUAAUUUUCUCAGUGCCUUUGUGAAGAAGAGCCCGAAAAAAGUUCUUAUGCUAGGAUUGGAUAAUGCAGGAAAAACAACCAUUCUGUAUUUAUUGCAUUUAAAAAUGGUUGAAGGAUCUGAUCCAACCACUGUCCCAACAGUCGGAUUUAAUGUUGAGACAAUUAAAAUAGGAAGUGUGAAUAUUACUGUCUGGGACAUUGGGGGCCAGCAUAAAAUUAGAUUACUUUGGGAGUUUUAUACGGAUGGUCUCUCAGGCAUGGUGUAUGUGAUUGAUAUACAGGAUUCUGCAAGAUGGGACUCUGCUGUGUCUGAGCUGGAGAGGAUGUUGUCUAAUGGAGGGAAACCCAGCAAGUACCCAGUUCUAGUAAUUGCAAAUAAAAUAGAUAAGAUACCAGAGUCUGAAAUAGAUGAAGUGAAUAAGAAUCUGUACGAUAAACUGAAUCCAAAAGUACUUUUUGCUGGAAGGCCAUGGAGGAUUGUCACGUGCUGUGCACAGAUCACACACAUAAACACAAUUACUGAAGGAUUUAUGUGGCUAGCUGAUAAUUUAUUAGAGGGUCAGGAAACAGGUAGUAAAUAG